AUGCCUUCCGUCAUUCUAGACUUCUACCCCACCAAACCCCAAACAACCUUUCCACACCCCUUUGCCGAAGCACACAGCAAGCUCACAGACAGGUUUGUAGGAACCAGUGGUGACUAUGCGCAUAUCACCGACAUCUUCUCCAUCGCUACAACACCCACUCAGAUCCUCUCCGCAUCAGGCGGAUCCUGUAUAAAGGUCCACUCCACAGCCUCCCCCGACAUACCCCUUGAGCAAACGAUCAAGGGCGCCCACAAACUCGGCUGCCACCACAUUGUAACGUCCCGCAACGGCCGCGUCGCAGCCAGCGCUGGGUUUGGUGGCGAGGUAAAGAUAUGGCAUAUUUCGGAAGAAACGUCACAAUGGGCAGAAGCGGGCAAGAUCGUGGACCAGAACAAAGCCGGCGAAGUUUGGGCUAUUGCUCUGAGUGAGGAUGGUCAGUUUUUAGCGAGUACGACUUAUGACGGACGGAUCAACGUGUGGGAUCUUGCAGGUGGGAAGAUCAGAGAAUACGAGACAAAGGGGAGCUUUGGACUGUGUAUUGAUAUAAGUAGGGAUGGGAAGUAUACGGCUAGUGGACAUGAGAAUGGUGGUGUCUACAUUUUCAAUAAUGAUAUGGGAAAGCUGCUAUACUCAUUACCAGGUCUUGUCAAACCUGUCCGAACAAUCGCAUUCUCACCUGCCGGUACUCGAUUGGCAGCUGCAGGAGAUGCCAGAGUUAUUGCGUUGUAUGACGUCAGUCAUGGAGAGCAAGUUGCAAAUCUCACAGGACAUACAGCAUGGAUCUUCUCCGUAGACUGGAGUGAUACGGGAGAGUAUUUGCUCAGCGGUUCCUUCGAUGGAAAGGCCAAGGUCUGGUCUAUUGACCGGCGUGCCUGUGUGGCCAACCAUAGUGAAACGGACAAGGCCUUGUGGUGUGUGAAAUGGCUUCCUAAGACCGGGAGGAGUGAGAUGUUUGCAACUGCAGGUGCAAACCAAAGCAUCUCCUUCUAUAGAGAGGCAACUGGAGGUUAG